CAAGAUCGUCGAUGUUUUAUGAACGUUGUUUUGGUCUGUUCUGUUCGCCCUCUGGUUUGAAUGGAGAUGAGAGAAAUAUACUGCUGUAUUGAUUUCUACAGUUUGAUACAAAUACUGGUCUCAAUUGACUCUUGCAAACAGCCUUUUAUACGCGGAAUUAUGAUGCUGUUGAUGAAUUUGAAUUAUUCAAUUUCUUGAAUGUGCACCCUGGUAACGUUUCACGGAAGUGUAACGCAAAAAAAAAGGAUAUCUACGGAAAUUGAUUGACGAUAGCUAUAUGUUAUUUAGUCAGUUGGAUAACGUUAGUUUUGGAAAGUGACAUUAUUUUCCAGGAGAAAGUACAUCACUGGUAGGCACUAAUGUAAGUUAGAUGAGUUAGCUAUUUAGACAGUCAUUUAUACAAAAGCAACGUAACGAGCGUUACCCUGGCCUGAGCUGUUCAAUCACUGAGACCGACAGCUCUAGGCUAGCUAGCUAACGUUAGAUGGCGCAGCCGUCAACAAACGACGUUACCAGACAUUAGAUAGCCUACGACGUUACCAUAUUUUUCUGUUAGGCAUGCAUGUAACUUGAAAUACACUACAAGAAGGGGUUCCCGCUGCUUUUUGGCGCUUCACACUGCCGACUUUGUCUGGUUCGAUAGACUAGUUAGCUAGCUACCUAGCUAGCUACCUUGGAUAGCAUGAGUAACUUGAAUAUCUCAUACAGUAAUCAAGGCAAAACGAUGGCAUCUCAAGGCGCGUGUCGCAGUGGGACAGGUGUCUUUUACCAAGCGAUGCCGGCUGUGGGAACUGAUGGGAGAAAUGUUAUGAAACUGAUCCCUGUUCAAAAAGUAAACGGGCAGUUUGUUCGAUCACCAACAAGCACUAUGAAGGACAUCUCUGAACCUCAACGAGAUCUUACCUUGGACGUGCCAUCAAUUUCGAAGAUUAACAUGUCUACUCUGGGACCCACAGCUAAAGGACAAUCGGUGAAUAAAAGGUCAUUUUACAUGAGUACCUCUCAAAAUCCAACCAAUCUGACAGGAAUAUAUAAAUCAGUGAGCAUCCAGACUCCUAUAGUAACAACAAAAGUAGCCCAAAGUGCGUUAUCCUUGACAUCACCUGAGCUAACACUUUUGAAUAAGGAUCAGCUGCCAGUCACUGUGAAAUCUCCAGCGCUUCCAAAUGGACAAUACCUUCAAAUUCCUCCUAAUGCUCAAGUGAAAACCCUUCCAGCAUCCGCACUCCCCCCAGCCAUAAAGAGGCAGAUAUUUACUUCAUCAACGAGCUGUGCCUCAAAUUCGAAUUUGCCAAUGGUUCUUUAUGUGUCCCCUGUCCAAACCAUGAAACCGGGUGGUACUCCAUUAUGUCCAACAUUUCAGAAGGCACCCCUCUCCCUCAGCCGACUUCCAAGGCCAUCUGGCCAGACACAUUCUAAAUGCUCAUCAUCAGGCUCAACACCGUGUUCUACUACUGCUAAGGAUGGCAAAAGACCGGUCACUCCUAUUAAGUGGGUGAUUGAGGAGGCAGAUGGCUCACCUGCUCAAUGCCUUGUUCCCGUGAAUUCCUCUUCUAUGACCUCAGAUAUUUUGAAAACUCUGGCAGAGAUGGAAAAAGCCACGAAACCCUGUGAAAACACAGCAAAAAAGUGUUCACCUUCCCAAGAGAGUCAGACAAGAAUUGGCCAAGAGAAGGACAAUGCCUUAGUGAUGUACAAUGGGAAGGUGUAUUUUGUUGCCAAGAAAACCCCUGAGCUUUGUAACCGACCAUCAAAGCCCUUGGAGGCCAGUAGGAACAUGGGUGACUCCACCAAACAGGCAGCAGAAAGUGUUGGAUUCAAUCAGAGAAUCAGCUUACCGCCCUCCCUACCCUUAAGCUCCUCACUUGGAUCACAAUUUUCAAAUAAAACCAGACCAGAUCCUAAACACAUUGUUAUACCAGAUGACAUCAUUGACCUCUGUGACGAUGAUCCUCAAGAUAACCUUACAUAUCAGGCAAUAUCAACAAGGGACGUAACAAGGCAACCUUUCAGACAGUCUGAAGUCGAUGAGGAUGAAGACUCCAAUGUAAUAUUUGUCUCAUACCUUCCACCCAAAACAGUGUCUAAAGUAGCUGAAGAAGACAAGGAAAUGGCUCAUAUGCUGAAUGACUUGGAAGCUGAACAAGAAGUGUUAUGCAGUCAAGAUCAUUUGAAUGGCCAGAUAGUGGAUAAUCAGAACAAAGUAUCUGGCCUGUCAAUAGAAAAGUGUCAGAGCAUUGCCACUGCCCAAGACAUGGCAGGCUGUCAAGGUAGUGCAACAGGCCAAGAGUUGAACUCCCGCCAGCAUGACAUCACUGGUCAGUAUAGGAAAAUUCUUCAAAGAUUUCAUGGCCGUGCAACUGGAAUCCGAAUAGAGAACAUUCAGGGUAAUGCCACUAGCAAGGAAAUGGGAAGCAGUCAUCCCAGUGCCUCAACCCAAGAAAUGGGGAAUGUCCAGGAUGAUGCCACUGACCAGGGAAUUGGAAACAGCCAGCACCAUCCUGCCACGCAAGAAAUGGACAACAUUACUGGAAGUACCUCUCUCCAAACAGAAAUGGAGACUCACAAAGAAAAGAGCUCAUCAGAUCCCAUCCCUGAGCAGCGGACUUCUGUGUUGGACAUGGAAUCCUUGGAAACUUGUGAUCGCCUGCUGAAACAGAUGUUUGGGAUCACAUCUGAUGUGAAAAUAUGUUUGGAGAGGAUUGACGCUAAACCCAAGGCUAUCCCUAAGGCGUUUCCUCGGAUUGGGACCACAAACAAACGUACCAUAGAGGCUAUUCGCAAAUUGUUACAGGGAUCAAACAUUUUGAUAAAAAAGAGGGAACACAAGGAAACAGAGGUCUCUGCAACUAGGAAGGAUGGUAGUUGCCCAAUAGAUGCUAAAAGACAGAAAAUAGAAAAAGUAAAAAAUGCAUCUGAAAGUUCCGAAAACACAGAGCCUCUCACCAGUCCAACUCCUCAGCUGGAAAAGCAGCCCCUCACCAAUCCAACUCCUCAGCUGGAAAAGCAGCCCCUCACCAAUCUAACUCCUCAGCUGGAAAAGAAGCCCCUCACCAGUCCAACUCCUCAGCUGGAAAAGCAGCCCCUCACCAGUCCAACUCCUCAGCUGGAAAAGCAGCCCCUCACCAGUCCAACUCCUCAGCUGAAAAAGCAGCCCCUCACCAGUCCAACUCCUCAGCUGAAAAAGCAGCCCCUCGCCAGUCCAACUCCUCAGCUGGAAAAGCAGCCCCUCGCCAGUCCAAGUCCUCAGUUGAAAAUGCAGCCCCUCGCCAGUCCAUGUCCUCAGUUGAAAAUGCAGCCCCUCGCCAGUCCAUGUCCUCAGUUGAAAAUGCAGCCCCUCGCCAGUCCAAGUCCUCAGUUGAAAAUGCAGCCCCUCGCCAGUCCAAGUCCUCCGUUGAAAAUGCAGCCCCUCGCCAGUCCAAGUCCUCAGUUGAAAAUGCAGCCCCUCGCCAGUCCAAGUCCUCAGCUAGACAUCUUAUCUGAUGCUGAACAUAUAUUUGGCUAUGAGGAACCGACUGUCAAUUAUCUAAUUUCCACUCCAGUUGAAACAGGGGCCCCUUCCAAACCUCUGCCAGAAAUCAAUCCAGUACAUAUUUCAAAAAGAAGCUCAAACUCACCCGUUCCAUCUGUCCACCCACAAACAAACGCUGAAGCUAUGGAUUGCGCUCCUGGGCCCUUCUGUGGCACAGCAAGCAACAUAAAGCCGAACUCUAGAAGAAGAAGGGGAAAAGGGAAAAGAUGCACAGCGUGUCCGUGUGGGGUGACUGGAACACUAGUACAAGAGAAAGCAAUGAGCUCAUCAUCCACUUCACAAGAGGAGCCUAGUUCAUCUAAACCACCAAACACCAGGUCCUCAGGGAGCAGUACCUUCGCAAUUGCAAAAUCAGCUAAACGAAAGGGUAGAAAGUCCACAAAGGCUCAAAUGGAAGAUAAAGAGCUAACAUCUGUGGAGAUCCAAUGUCCUUCAACUGUGAGUGAGCAGGGAAGUAGUACGGCUGGAGAGAUCCCAACCAGUUAUCUCUGCUCUACAGCACUCAUGGACCCUGAAGAAAUCAAGCGUCAUGAGAGAAUCAAACGACUGAAAGAACUCUUGAAGGAGAAGGAGGCUGCUCUUGCAAUGAUUAGAAAGAACAUGGGCUGAGUUGGACUGAAUUGCUUUCCAAAUUCCAAUGUGUUGCAUUGCAUAACUUCAGCCUUGUAGAACUCUUAUUUGAAUUGUCAUAUUUACAGUUAAUUCAGAAAGUAUUAUUCUAAAGUCGAUUAAAUAAAUAAAAAUCCUCAUCAAUCUACACACAGUACCCAAUAAUGACAAAGCGAAAACAUGUUUUUAGAAAUGUUUGCAAAUGUAGAAAAAUGAAAAGUAUUUAGACUCUUUGCUAUGAGACUCGAAAUUGAGUUCAGAUGCACCCUGUUUCCAUUGAUCAUCCUUGAGAUAUUUCUACAACUUGAUUGGAGUUCACCUGUGGUAAAUUCAAUUGAUUGAACAUGAUUUGGAAAGGCACACACCUGUCUAUAAGGUCCCACAGUUGUCAGUGCAUGUCAGAUCUGGGGAUGGGUACCAAAAAUGUCUGCAGCAUUGAAGGUCCCCAAGAACAUAGUGGCCUCCAUCAUUCUUAAAUGGAAGGCGUUUGGAACCACCAAGACACUUCCUAGAGCUGCCAAACUGGGUAGAAGGGAGGUUUACAUUAAUGUUACUACAAAUGCAUUAUUUAGUUGAAUAUAUCCAACGAUUUUGUGCAAUAGGACUUGUAUAAUGACAACUUACUAUAAAAUUAGUGUAUUUGGCUUUUUGUGAUGACUGCAUUUGUAAGCACUUUGUAUGCUAUCAGAAUAAUAAAGUCAAGUACUAGUAACGUUAACUUUGUCAGCCCUAGUCUGAAUACUUAUGUAAAUGUUAUUAUGUUUUUUUUUUGGGUUAAUACACUUGCUAACAUUUCUAAGUCUGUUUUUGCUUUGUCAUUAUGGGGUAUUGUGUGUAGAUUGAUGAGGGUAAAAAAUAUAUUUAAUCAAUUUGAAUAAGGCUGUAUGUAACGUAUCAAAAUGUGGAAAAAGUCAAGGGGUGUGAAUAGUUUCCAAAUGCAAUGUAUGUCAUGUUUUAUUACCUGCAGGAAAUGCAUUUCUUUUCUGUAUUGAAUGUUUAGUUCCAAAAUACAAUAAUUCCAGUGAUAACAUGUCAUUUACAUUUUUAUGACAAUGAUCCUAGGUUUUCCUGUUUUGUUCUAGAGGGGUAGGUAUUGAGUAUGUUGAUGCAUUGACUAAGCAUCUUAAGAUAUGUUUUCUGAAAAUAUUUCAAUUUUACUUAUUAGCAUUUUUACAAUGUUUGUAUUUCUGCUUUUGCACCUAGGUUUUCUAUUUGUUCUGUAAAGAUUGAUCACAAUUCUAUCCACAAAAUGCAUGCAGAUACUUGUUGGCUCCCUUUUAGAGUAAUUUAUUUUAUAAUGGACUAAUGUAAUAUUAACAUAUGGUUAGGUAGGCAUAAGUGUUUUCCUGUCUACGAAUAAAAAUAUUGUAACUAAGAAAAUAUGUAAUAAAUAAAAUUGUCAGUAGAUGGCA